UAUUGGUUGGUGAGACUGAGAUGAUGCUUCCAAUUUUCCUCUUGUUUGAUUAGACCUAUUUGCUCUACACUUUCACGAGUGGUGCUACUUUAAAAACGUUGACCUGGUCGGGUGUGUUUGGUUAAUUUAGCCUUUACUGGCAUGUGAGACAUCGGGCGUGCAUGUCACUGGUACAGCACGGAUACCGAGCAUAGGCAUCUUAUUUGUACGAUUGGCGAGGAAUUAAAAGUGUGCCACAAACAUAGCGUGUUUACAGACGUCCGAGUUUGGUUCCGUGCUUACCGGAUCACAGUUGAAGCCUCAUCCAAAUUACUCGAGAAUAGCGUGAAAGAAAUUUUAAAAUUAUUCUUCUAAUCCAUUUUGUAACGAUGUGUGAAUGGUUAUCGCACGGGGAGUGGUGCGAUGUGAAACUCCUGUGCGGCGGGCGCGCAUUCAGCGCACAUCGCGCCGUGCUUGCCAGUGUUAGCACUUUUCUCAGACGUCUUCUCCUUUCUUGUCCCACAGAUGAGUCUCCGAUUUUUAUCGCUUUACCAGAUUUUGACCUAGACGCUAUGUCAUCGGUGCUAUAUUACAUUUAUAAUGGCGAAGUUAUUGUUCCAAAAGAAAAGAUUGAAAUGUUCUUAGAUAUUAUAAAAGCUAUGCAAAUAUUUGUUGACAAACAGUAUUUAUCGCAGUUAUCCGACGAGUAUAACAAAUUCGUUUUGAGUGGUCACUGUGAGACAGAUUUAAAGAAAACUAAUGUGUUUACUUUGGGAUACGAAGGCUGCAGCGAUCAACAAUAUAUUAAUAUAAAGAAAGGCAAAGAAAUCCAGGAUGUAUUACAGUAUUCAGCAAGCGAUGCAGAUUAUAAAGAUAAAGUGGUACGUAGUCAGAAUCCAAGUGGAGAGCGUAAGUCUUCUUUAGGAAAUCUGAAAUCGCCUUAUGGAGACCGACAAAGGAACUCUUUUCUACGUGAUUUAUUUAUCGAGACAUAUCCUCGAAACGGUAAUGUUAACGGUCUGACGACAGGCGUGCUAGCAAUAUCAAAUGAAUGCUAUCGUGCUCCGGCAUCUGUGCUCUUGACGAAUGCAAAUGGCAAACAUCUCAGCGGCGACGGUUCACUCUUAGAUCCAUUUAAAAAAGCGAACGAGCACAUCAGUCAUUCGCCUACAGUAUUUCACCUUCGUAAGCAGCAACGAUGCACUCGAGAUGAUCCAGAUUACGGUGAAACUAAGAAAACAAUGUAUGAGCAAUCCCCUCUAAAACUUUGUCCGUCUGAGAAAAGUAACACACAUGUUUUCGGUAAUGAUACAAAAGCGGCACCCAUGAACAUAUUGAUGAAUCAUGUUCCAAUGCCAACAAAUCCUUUACUUCAGUUUGGGAUACAGGAACAAAUUCUAUCGGGGUUCUAUGUCCCGUCAUUGGAUUUUAGAAUUCCACCGUCAAUAUUCGAUCCGAUGAAGAAAGAGCAUAAAAACAAAGGCUUCAUAGACAGUUCUGGGGAUGAAACUAAUAAAGACAUAGACAUGGCACCUUCUAAUAAAGUUACUAUUUUGAAUCAUGUACUGGAGAGUCCAUGGAGCCCUCGGAUGCCAAAUAAUUACAAACCGUUCCGAAGAAAAACCGAUCCUUCCGUACAAUGUUCAAAACAAAAGAUAAUAGAAGCUAAUAUUAUAAACGAUAGCAAUAACAAUGUUCCCAAAACAAAUAUAUCACCAUCAACAGAGAUAGUUGAAGAAGCUGCAGUUGUCAAUGAGGCGACCAAAGUGGCCACUGUUUCGAGUCUCUCAAAUCAACGGAGAGAUGACUUCAAGUGUACAGUAUGUCAUCAGGUGUUUACUAGCAGCGAGUACCUCGCAGUGCACAUGCGCCGACACUCCACAAACCCUCGGUACUCCUGCGGAGAAUGCGGGAAGACGUUCUCACAGCUGCGUAACUUCAAAUACCACAUGUCUAUACACAGAGGUACCAGGGAGUUCGCGGCUACCUGCACUGUGUGUGGCAAGUACUUCAACGAUAGAGGAUAUCUUAGUAGCCACAUGAAGAUCCAUCGAAACCGCAAAGAAUACAAGUGUACCCUGUGUCCCAAGUCUUUCAACCAGCGCGUCGCGUACAAUAUGCACGUGAGAAUCCAUACAGGUGUAAAACCCCACGUCUGCGAAGAAUGUGGCAAGGCGUUCUCUCGGAAGAUGUUGCUGAAGCAGCACCAGCGCACACACUCCGGCGAGCGGCCGUACGCCUGCCCUCACUGCGACAAGCGCUUCGCAGACCGCUCCAACAUGACGCUACACUUGAGAUUACACACAGGUGUAAAGCCGUUUUCCUGUACGAUGUGUCCAAAAUCUUUUACGAAGAAGCAUCAUCUGAAAUCUCACCUGAACUUCCACACUGGAUCGAAGCCCUACUCCUGUCCACGUUGUAAACUCGCCUUUACUCAAUCAUCUAAUAUGAGGACACAUUUGAAGAAAUGUCGAGCACCGGAGCCUACGACAAGUGGUGAUACUCCAUCAACUGUGGCUGAUGUAGCAAAUCCUACGUUGUGAUGAUACUCGGGAGUGUAGCAUUAGGGGAGUUAAACUCAAUGUGGUUAGAAUACCAUAAACUGUUUUGGCUUUGUAAUGUUGUUAUUAAAUUAAGCACUAACUGCCGCACUCAAAGACAUUUAAUGAUUUCUUAAACUAUUCCUUAGUAACGAUUUUGUAUCGAAAACGAUUAGCUAAGGACUGGGUUAAGUAACCAUUAAAUGACUGUAUACGGCGGGUAGUGUUGCUUAGUAAUAGUCUAAUAGCUCAUCAUCAUUAUCAGGCCCAUUUUCUAUACAUAUAAUAAAAUCGUAGAAAAGUGCUGUCUGUACAUCUAUACAUAUAAUAAAAUCGUAGAAAAGUGCUGUCUGUACAUUGAAAAUAAAAAUAAAAAAAAUAGCAGGGGUUAUUAUUUUGUCGAUGUCGAACCCAAAAAUGUAAUUAACUUUUUUUUUGUCUGUUUGUCUGUUUGUCUGUUUGUCUGUUUGUCUGUUCGUCUGUGCGCGCUAAUCUCAGAAACGGCUGAUCCGAGUUGGAUGCGGUUUUCACGAAUAUAUUGUGGGAUGCUUAAAUUUACAUUUAGUGUUUGUUUCAUGUCAAUCGGUUCAUAAAUAAAAAAGUUAUGUCAAAUUAAAGAAUCACGUCGAACAUUCUAUGCUUAUACCAUUAAUCUCCGCAACUAUUUGACGGAUUUGGUUGAAAUUUGGUACAGAUAUAGUUUAGAACCUUAGAAAGGACAUAGAUAUAUUUUUAUUUCAAAAAUCAAAAAAUAAAAAUAAGAAAUAAAUUAUUUAUAAAUAAUUCUAUGUCGAUCGUUACACGACUUCGGUUCAUGUUAUUGUUUUAAUUCAUCGAAAAAAAGUAAAUAAAUAGUAAAAAGGUAUGAAAAAAAUAAUAUCAAUAUAAUAAAACAUUUAGUACAAAGAAAAUGCUCUAACGGAGUAUAGAUAAUUCUAUGUCGAUCGUUACACGACUUCGGUUCAUGUUAUUGUUUUAAUUCAUCGAAAAAAAGUAAAUAAAUAGUAAAAAG